GAGCUCCGGGCGGUGACACGUCACUAAACAAGCGGAGACGUCGUCUUGUCCUCGAAGCGUUCAGAAAAGAGGCUUUGUAUCGAGCGCUUUCUCUCCUCCGAGAGCAGCUGGUUGUCCGUGUCAGUAGCGGGCGAUAGAAAGACAGGCCAGGCGGCGGUUAAUCAGCAAUGCGGAUUGCGACGCUGAUCUCUCUGGCGAGGCCGAUCGGCCCGGUGGUGGUAGGCAUCUCUCUGGGCUUCACUCUCAGCCUGCUCAGCGUUACAUGGGUGGACGAGAGCUGCGGUUACGGCGCCGUCGGUGUGACCGAGGAGGCGCCGGUGGCUGCGCCGGGAGGUGCGAAGGGAGCGCGCAAACCGAGCUCGAUAGCAACGGGCAACGCCGAGGAGGACGACUUUCAGCCAAAAAUAGUGCCAUACAACAAGCCCGCCCAGCAAGAGCCGCCGAAGAAAGUUUUCAGAGCCAAGUAUGCCAGCACGGAGCUGGGUAUUCAUGAGCGUCUCUUCGUGGCAGUCAUGACAUCCAAAAACAGCUUGAACACAUUUGCCGUGGCAGUUAACAGGACCCUGAACCACCACCUGGAUGGCCGUCUUAUCUUUUUCACCAGCUCUCACACCCGCAAAGUCCCUCACGGGAUGUUUGUGGUGGCCCACGGUCAUGAGCAUCCUGUGCCCAACAUGUUCCAGACGGUGCAGUACCUCCUGGAGCACCAUGUAGCAGAGUAUGACUGGUUCUACAUACUUCAGGAUGACACUUACAUCCAGCCUGACAGACUGAAGACACUGGUGGGCCACUUGAGCAUGGACCUCCAGUUGUACAUGGGCCACCCAGGGGAGUUCAUUGGAGGUGAAGCCCAGGGAAGGUACUGUCAUGGAGGCUCAGGUUUCCUCCUGUCCAGGGCCUUAUUGCUGAAGCUUAAGCCCUUCCUGGAGCGUUGCCGAACUGACAUCGUUAGUGUCAGGCCUGACGAGUGGCUGGGGCGCUGCAUCAUCGAUUAUGCUGGCAUUAGCUGUGUGAAGGAGCACGAGGGUCUUCUUUAUAAUUACUUUGAGAUGAAAAAAACCAUGGACCUGAGUGGAGAUGAAAGCCCAGACUUCCAGAAUGCUCUCUCGGUUCACCCAGUGAGCAGCCCAGAGCAGAUGUAUCGCCUGCACAGAUACUUCACAGAAAGAGAGCUACAGAAAACCUAUGAAGAGAUCAAGAAACUUCAGGCAGAGAUAAAGAACAUCAGCCACUUGGCUGUGGAUGGCAACAGGAGCGCAGCGUGGCCUGUAGGGGUUCCGCCUCCCUUCGAGCCCAAGAGUCGGUUUGAGGUGCUGCGCUGGGACUAUUUCACAGAGGAGCAGCUGUUCUCCUGUGCCGAUGGCUCGCCAAAGUGCCAGCUGAGUGGCGCCGACCGCGCCGAUGUGGAUGAUGUCAUUAAUGUUGCUGUGGCUGAGCUGAAUAAGAAAUACUCACCUGUGCUGCAGCUGAGUUCCCCACAGUUAGUCAAUGGCUACCGCCGCUUUGAUCCAACCCGCGGCAUGGAAUACACACUUGACCUUCAGCUCCGGGCUGAGACUGAAUCGGGCUCGGGGCAAUUGGUGUCGCGGCGCGUUCAUUUGCUGCGGCCCUUAAGCCGGGUGGAGAUCAUCCCCAUGCCGUAUGUGACGGAGGCCACACGGGUGCACAUUUUGCUGCCCCUAACUAGUGCAGACCGUACUACAGCGGUUCAGUUUCUUGAUCGCUGCGCUUCAGGUCUGUUUGAGCCAGCUGAGAAUGCAAUACUCAGUUUCCUCUUCCUGUAUGAGCCUGCAGAGGCACAGAAAGUGGGCACUGAUGAUGUUUUUGCUGAGGUCAAGGCAAAAGUGGCUGCAAUAGAACGGCGCUUUCCUAAUGUCAAAGUGCCAUGGAUCAGUGUGAAGACAGAGAAUCCGGGUCUUCUGCGUGUGCUGGAUGUGGUAUCGAGGAAGCAUCCGGCAGACACUUUGUUUUUGCUAGCUACUGCUGACACGGCACUCAACUCCGAAUUCCUGAAUCGCUGCCGUAUGAAUGCUAUAAGUGGUUGGCAGGUUUUCUUCCCCAUCCAUUUUCAAAAUUUCAACCCACGAGUGGCGUAUCCGGAUCAGGCUCUGCCCACGGCUACAGAUUUAGUGCGUGAGGCGGGCCACUUCGACCGCUAUUCUUUUGAAGAGGCAUGCUUCUACAAUGGUGACUAUAUGACUGCUCGUGCACGCAUGGACGCCGAUGCGCAUGAGGACGAGGAGCUGCUGGAGAGCCUGGAUACCUACGAUGUGUUUGUGCGCUAUUCAGGCCUGCACGUGUUCCGUGCCGUGGAGCCUGCGCUGCGCCAGGAGUACCGAAAUCACACGUGUGAUGCACGGCUGAGCGAGGACAUCUUCCACCGUUGCCUCCAGAGCAAACGUGAAAGCAUCGGCUCCCGGUCCCAGCUCGCCAUGCUCAUGUUCGAACAAGAGCAAGGCAACAGUACCUGAGCCCUUUUCGUGAGUCGCAUUGCAGGAAUCGGAGACUGGCGACAGGCUAGCAUGUUCUGUCCUGCGAGAUUUCUACAAAUCAUUUGAAAGAACAUGCAAACAACAAGGUGCUAGGCAUCCUCUAAACAAGCCACCACUCCAUAACCCAGCAAUGAGCAGAAUGGAAACCUGCAUUUGAAGGAACUUUUUGUGGAGGUUCAGACUGAAGAACAUCUCUGUGGUGGCCCUGUCAGAAGCAAUAAGUAUCCUGGAGGAAACUUUAUGGCUAAUUUUGUUUACAACAAAACUAGAGACCUCAGAAAGGAUGGAAACCAUCCAAUUCAGCGUCCAGUUCCAAGAAUCUCCAAAUGCUUGUGUGUUCGAAAUGUAUUUCUGUCUCACAUUCCUUUUCAUGCUUGCUAUGUUUGUCAGGGGCCAACAACCAGAUCUGUAUAGCCUCUGUGCCUUUCUUCAUGGUACAAUGUAUUUCAUGACUUGUAAAGAAUCUGGAAAACAGUGUGAGUGCCGUACUGUGCAUUUUUCAAGUUGUGUUGCAUUUGCCCAAAUUGUAUUACUUGAGGAAAUAAGCAACACAAAUGAUCAGUGCUUUACAAGGAUAUGAAUGUAUACAUGUCUCUGUUGUAUGUGUGUGUAUGUGUUUCUGUGUGUGUGAGUGUGCUUUGACUGCCUGACAUUGGCCUCUGUGGUACCAAUAUCUUGUUGAAUGAGAUUAUUAUUAUUAUUAUUAUUAUUAUUAUUAUUUAUAAUAUGUAGUGCAUUAUAUAUUUGAGUACCUAUAUAUUAAUAUUAAGAUAAAUAUAUAUAUUAAUAUAUAGCAUGUAGCUGCUACAGCUGUUAAAGACGGGUUGACCUGCUGAUGCACACUGAACAUUCUGGGCUUGACAGCUGACAGUCAUACAGAAAGAAAGGGGGGAGGGCAUACAGGCUGAUUUUGUCAUGUAUUACUUUCCUUCAAACAGCAUUUCAACAACAGGAAUAAUAACAGUACAUUUUAAAUAAUGAGACCAAAUGUUUGAUGUACAAGACACAGAUUUACCGAUGUUAAAGAUGCAACAAUAGCAGGAAAAAGCUAAAUGCAUAUAGAUAAUAUGGCACAUUCCAUUCCUUAAUUCUCCCACUCUCCUACUUUGCUCUAGAGCGUUCAUGCGAACUCAGCCGUCUGAAGUCAGGUAUAAAACAUAAAAAUGUAUAAAAAUUCUCACUGUAACCUGUCUACAAAAACGGGAAUUAAAGAGUUGUUUGGUUAGUGCUUCAUUUAUUUUUAAACGGAUGUGAUGAUUCGCUGUUAAUGGUGCCGAAAGACCAGUUUGAUCAAAAAAUCUCACCGAAAGCACAUUAACAUUUCAGUUAUCACCCAGUAUUUAGCAAUUUCAAAUAUAAGCAGAAACUCAAAAGGCUGCUUAGAAACUUUAAAUCACACUCAUUUCUUUUUCUUACUCUUCACUGUGAGCGCCGCCAUGUUGAAUUGAUGUCACCAAAUCGCAACUCGGAGAGGUCUGAGCUCUCGAAAAACUUAUGAAUACGAAUUAUGAAAUGGAGUUCAAAUGAAUCUUUCCUACUGGGAAAUCGAAAACUUCUCAGUUCCCACUUGGCCAUGAAUGCAGCAUAAUUGCCAACCUCCACUAGGAACUAGGAAAAACCAAAGAAGAUGCCCUGGAAUUCCUUGGAAUUCCUACUAGGAAAGAUGGGAAGGUGUCCUCAACUUAUAUGGUUGCUCACACUUUAAGCUACUUUAAAUGAGUUUAUAGUAGUAUGUACUUUACAUCAAUUAACGUACAUACGUACAAACUGUAUGGCAAUAUUAAAGUAAAUACACCAUAAACUCCAAUUUAGACUUCCAAUUGCAAGUUCCUACUUCCCAUGAGUGCAGCAUGUGUUCACAUUACCAGGUUAAAGUGAUACAAAUCUUUUUUUUUUUGGCCUUAAUGUGACCUAUGUAGAUCUGACUUUUUAAGACUAUGGGGACACAAUUUCAUAUCGGACUAAAUCACUGUCCUCGACAUCAUCCAGUGUCAGUAGUGCAGCAAUACAAUAGCGUAGGACAGCAAAAUCAGUCACUAUAUUCAGAAGAAGGAGAGGAGAAAUUGGUGAUUUAUUGAUAUUUGGGGACUUGAUACAAGCAAACCUGCUGAAACUGAGCUGUGUUCGAAACAAUUGCCCAAGAAAUGGAUGUGCAGUUUUGGGGACAGGUUGGUUAAAAUUAAAGACAGCUAUGCGAACCAUCAAGAUAGGCAGAUCCAAUCUGAGCAAAAAAACAGAAUCAUUCAGUGAAGCUUGUAAUGUGAACAUAGCCAAACAAAUGUAUCUUUAUUUAAUUUAAAGUCCAAUUGUGUAACUUAAUGACAUUUCUUUAAAAGUAUGUCCAUCCAGUUAAGGGUACAUUGGCUCAGCGGUUAAGACUUUUAGCUACAGGAGGUUGUGAGUUCAAUUUCAAGCACCACCAAGCUGCUAUGGUUGUGUCCUUGAGCAAGACCCUUAACCCUCAACUGUCCAGUUGUGUCGUCUUAGUUGUAAAUUGUUUUGAUAAAAGCAUCAACUUUAUGAGCAAAUUUUAUAUACUUCCAGAGACAAGAAUAUGUACCCCAGUUUAGUACCAUGUUUUAAGACUAUAAAAUUGUUUUACAGUUUUCUGCUAAAUUGAAUGCCCUAUCAACCUCCCGCCCUGUGCAUCAGCCCCUUCCUUGCCUUUACCUUCAGUAGCAGCUAUGUGAAGUUUUAUUGCACACAAUCAAGGUUUGACAAUGGAAAAGACACUGGGGGUGUGUUGUACACAGAUAACCAUUUUCCCAUGUUUGAGUCUGAGGAGAAGUUCAUUUUAUUUUAUUUGUGAUAAAAAUAUAAAUACUACAUAUCAUGUAACUGUGACCUGUUUUUGUAGUUUCAAUAAUAGUCACUAGAUGGCAUAAAAGGCAAAUACAUCACUUCACUAGAAUAAUUCAUCAUCUUCCAUGCAGCCAGCAGUCUCGCUUGGAGAUACGGUAACAUUAUUUUUAUAGUUCUAAAUAAGAAAUUAUACUAUUAUAAGAAUGGGUGAAAGGUCUCAUAAGUCUCAUUCACUCUGCUGACAUUCUGAAAUGAAACCAUUUCUUACUGCCUGUAAUACCCAAAUUGAUUUCCCAUUGUCAGAUGUUCUUAUUAAACAAUUGUGAAAUGAAUUUAUAAAACGAUCCAAUUAGUUA